CCGGAGCAAAAAGGUCAAGUCAAAAUAGUUAUCAAUGAAAUAAUUUCCCCUCAUUUUUUCAGAAGUCCCCAAAUGAUUUUGUACGAAAGCCACCACUUUUAAGAGCGCGCGACAAUCAAGAAAAUUUUCAAGUGCCCUCAAAUUGUUCCCGCACACGCGUGUUUUGGUUUCACUCUCUGUGGUAGAUUCAGUGAAAAAUCCCUUGCUAUUGGAGCUGAAAAAGCUCUACAACAAUGGCGGACGAAACCUCAACUCCCCCUAAAAGAGGAUCCAUAAAAUCAUCAGUUGGAAGUGUUGCGGUUCAGAGGAGACGGGAAAAUGCGGUUAUGGUCGGGAAGGAAAGAAGGGACGCAUUGGUGCGGACCAAGCGUUUGUGCAGAGUUGGAGUUACCAGUGAGAAUAAUGUCGAUUUCCCUACUGUUGAUGAAAUGAUGACGGAUGAAGAACAAUCAGUUCUCGAGGCUCAAACUCUGAAAGCCGUGCAAGAAUUAAAGGACGUAAUUGGAUAUCAGGGAAAAGGAGCUGUGCAGAAAAGAGUUAAUGCUCUUCGUGAGUUAAGGCGGUUGUUGUCGAAAUCUGAAUAUCCUCCAGUUGAAGCUGCCCUUGAGGCUGGAGCAAUGCCUGCUCUUGUUCAAUGUCUUUCAUUCGGUUCACCAGAUGAACAGUUACUCGAGGCAGCUUGGUGCCUGACAAAUAUAGCAGCUGGGAAGCCGGAAGAAACAAAAGCGUUGUUGCCUGCAUUACCGUUACUCAUUGCUCAUAUAGGAGAAAAGAGCUCACUGCCUAUUGCAGAGCAAUGUGCAUGGGCAUUGGGAAACGUUGCUGGUGAAGGAGAAGAAUUGAGAAGUGUUUUGCUAUCGCAAGGAGCUUUACAACCUCUUGCGAGGAUGAUGCUACCAAACAAGGGUUCCACUGUGAGAACAGCUGCUUGGGCAUUAUCAAACUUAAUUAAGGGACCAAACCCAAAAGCUGCCACAGAGUUAAUAAGAAUUGAUGGUGUUCUUGACGCGAUUCUCCGGCACAUGAAGAGAGGAGAUGAAGAGCUGGCCACUGAAGUGGGAUGGGUGGUUGUGUAUCUCACUUCACUUUCAGAUGUGGCUACCAGCAUGCUGGCAAAAAGCGAUCUACUGCAAAUACUUGUAGAUAGACUAUCAUCAUCAAACAGCUUGCAACUACUUAUCCCGGAAUCUGCAUGGGUGCUAUCUAAUGUAGCCGCGGGUACCAUCGAGCAUAAAAAGUUAAUACACUCAAGUGAAGCUGUGUCACUAUUGAUACACCUGCUGUUGACUUCACCAUUCGACAUAAAAAAAGAAGUGGCUUAUGUUCUUGGUAACCUCUGUGUGGCCCCUUCGGAAGGUUCCGGAAGGCCUAGUUUGAUCAUCGAGCACUUGGUUUCCCUUGUUGGUGGAGGAUGUCUCGGUGGUUUUGUUGACUUGGUAAGAUCCGUGGAUGUAGAGGCUGCUCGACUGGGCCUUCAGUUCUUGGAGCUGGUUCUAAGAGGAAUGCCGAAUGGAGAGGGGCCAAAGCUUGUUGAGGCAGAAGAUGGAAUAGAAGCCAUGGAGAGAUUCCAAUUUCAUGAGAACGAAGAUCUUAGAAAUAUGGCGAACGAGUUAGUCGACAAGUACUUUGGGGAGGAUUAUGGACUUGAUUCAUAGAACAAACUCUCAACUUUUUCUUGGCAAAAAACUAUGUUUGGUCAUUAAGAAAGCAAUUAAUUGCGUGGUCUUUUUCGCUGGAUAGUGAUUUGUCGAUGUGCUUAUGUAUGUCUUAGGGGAAAGAAACAAACGUUGUCUCGUGUAGACUUUUUGUUGAAGACUUUUAAGGGUCUGUGUGAAGCAUAUUUGUAAAAGCAAUGGCCAUCCAGUGUUAUUUUGGGGUGGCCUUUUGUUUGAAUUUCGUACAUUUUGUGGUUGAAGAUUAGGAAAUGAGGGUAUUUGUAUUUCAUGUGUCUCUGGAUUUUCUGGUCUUUUCUUUUAUAUUUGCUGUAUCAUUGUUUUUUCGUUUUAGCUGCAAUUUAUAGAAAAUUG